AUGUCAAACGCUAUUUCGCAGUGGUUAAAUAGAUCAUAUCUAGCAUCAAUACCAAAGAAAUAUUUAGUAUAUAUAAAAGAAAGAGAUAUUACAAUUAAAUAUGGGAACCCACCAGACACAUUAGUGACAGGUAAAUCAGGUUGGGUAAGUUUAUUAACAGAUAAUAUUCAAACUGUAAGAUAUGCAAUGAGAGAUUUCAAUGAUGCUGCUGUAAAAAAUUCAACAAUUAUUAAAAUCUCUUCAAAAUUACAAAUGAACCCUAAACAAUUCAUGAAAGCAAUGCCUAAAGAACUCUCUCAAAAGUUAGUCAAAUUAAAAGAUGACAGCCCAGAAUCAAUAUCAUUCACAUUCGUUGACCUUGAUGAUAAUUGGGAACCAGAUGAAUCACUCCUCUGUAAAGACUUUAUUAUCUCCAACCUGUCAAAACUCCAAAAAGAAAAAUUCAAAGAACAAGAAGAUAUACAAUUACUAGAACUACAACCACAACCACCACCAGAACUACAACAAGAAGAAAAACAAAAACAAAAAUAA